AAAAAAUUUUCGAGAAUUUUCGCUUAAAUUUUCAGGGAACGUGUUAAAUUGAUGCAUAAUAAGGUACUGACAGUUUGACGUCGCUGGCGUAACGCGUUUACAAGUUAUUGGCAGAAAACACGGUCAUAGAAUACUAGGCGGAAAACGGGAGGGGGCAGAUUCUGCCCUCCCCCCCCCCCCCAGCGGGGCGCCGGUUAAAGUCUAAAAGAUGAAUAUCAAUAAAGGAGCUGUGACUGCAAUACUGCAGAGCACGAACAGAGGGGAUGAAGGUGUCAUGGCAGCUGUCCAGACUGCUGAUGAUUCUGGACAAUUUGCUUGCUACAUACUACCAGGUGACCCUCCCGAUGAGGAAAUGCUCCAGAAGAUCAAGACUGAACCAGACCCAGAAGCAGUUGCAUGGUCACUGGCUCAAGCUAACGGUGACCCGUUAGCGGGCGCCGGUGACCGGUUGCUAUGUGCCAGUGAGCGGUCGGCACGUGCUGGUAACCCUUCUCCGUGUGCCAGUGGCCGUUCAGAAGUCGCCAAAAAACAUUCAGAAGUUGCCUGUAACCAGUCUUCAGCUGAUGCUGGUGACCAAUCAGCGGGCACCAAUGACCGGCCGCCAGGCACCAGUGACCCGUCAGCAGGCACCAGUGACACGUCAGCCAGCACUAGUGACCCGUCAGCAGGCACCAGCAGCCAGUCUCUGACGCGGUCUGACCUGACGGCACCACCCACACCUUGCACCGUCACCAGCGACUGCAGGGCGGCGGCGGCGCCGGCUCCUCCGGACAACGGUCCCGCCAGCGCCGGCCCGGCCAACAAUGCUGGCUCAUCUCGACCUCCAAAGAAACGAAGUGCCCCGGCCUCGAGGGGGCCGCCCAAGAAAAAAGUCACCAGUAGUCGUAAGAGCUCGGAGCCCGAGUUCAGGCAUCUGGCGAUGGGUACGCUGGCCGAGGUCAGGGCGAACACGGUACGCAUUAUGGAACUGCUGGAGGGGGCGCCGCGGUCCGCUCGGUCCAAGGACAGCUGCGACGAGAAGCAGCUGCGAGCGGCGCGCAGCAUGAAGGACAUCUCUGAGGCGUCCGGCGGCAUCCUCGUGGUGGACGAGCAGAAAGGCGUGGUUUACUGCUCCCUGUGCCUCCGCAGGGACCCGGCAGCGGCCGUCGGCCACCAGAAACGGAACACCGCCGGAUGGUUCCAGUAUGAUAUGAGUCUCGGAACAAGUUUCGAUUACACCGAAUCGCUGCCCAAUGCGUUCAGAUCGCUGAAGACUGCGUUGAAAUCCCACCUCUUUCGAUCAUCGGUGCACAUGAAGCUGGCGCAGAAACACACGUCACCCAAACUGACGCAUCAGAAUGAGUUCCCAAGAGCCAUGAACCUGCUGCGCACCGCUUACUUAGUGACUCGGUUCUCCGGCUCGGAGCAGAGCUUCUCCGACCUGAUCGCACUGCAGAUGCUGAAUGGGGCGGAGAUAUGCCACGCCGACCCGGAGGCACUGCUGCCGCUGGCGCGACACACAUUCUACAGCGAGAUAAUGAACAAACUGAAGGAGCACAUCGCCACCCAGCCGUGUGUGUCGGUGCUGGCCAGCAAGGUGACGGUGAACGGGAUGCACUUCAGCGUGGUGAUGGUGCUGACCGUGGUGCCCGCCGCCCCACCCGAGCACCUGGUGCAGAGCUUCGUGGUGGGCGUCUGGCAGGUGGCCGACCUGGACGGCGACUGGACGGCCAAGAAGAUCCAGGCGGCGCUGGAUGCCAUCGGGGUGCGCGCGGCCGAGCAGCUGGCCGCUAUCGCUGUUGGUGACGAGUACCGCGUGCUCCGGGUGCCCUCUCGGCUUCUGAGGCUGAUGCGCGACACCACCGGCCGGCCGCACCCCGCCGGCCUGCUCGUGGUGCCGCUGCGGACCAGUGAGCCGACGUCCUCGCAGGCCGAGGCACAGGCGCGCGCCCAGCCGGACUGCCAGUGGGUAUCGCGGGUGAUCAGCGAUGUAGAGCUCAUCAGUGCUCGGUUCGCGGCCGGUGGUGACUCGGAACGGCCGGCGCCGGCUCCUGCCGGGCCAGAUGGAGCCACCACGGUAGUGCGACCUUUUUCUGACACGGCUACCGUUUCGGAGAAGGCUGCAUCGCUCGAAAAGUUCUUUGAGAAGUGGAAGCGGAUGGAAGCUGUUUUGGGGAAGCGCUUGGAGGAACAAAGGGAUAAUCCCAAUGACGCCGUAGCUCGGGAAAAGCUUGCAGACGGCGACUUCAAGGCGCGCGUGGCGGCGCUGUGCGACCUCUACUGGCUGCUGAACGAGUCGGGCGGCGGCGGCGGCAGCGGCGGGCAGGCGCGCCGGCGGCUCCCGCCCUGGGAGGCCCGGUACGGCGGCGCCGGCGCGGCGGCCACCAUGCGCUGCAUGCACAGCUGUGUGAAUACGUGCAAGACGCUCAGCUGCGGAGAAAGCUUGGCGGACGCUGAGCUGCAGAGGCUGUUUCCGACGCUGGCUCACCAUGCGGAGGUCCUCUCUAAAGGAUGUCUGGCGUCGGACAUCACGGCGUUCUGUGAGGCGGUGGAGGCGGCGCUGCGGCCGGGCGGCAGGCUGGUACCCUCGGGCCGGGACCUAAUGCUCCGCUCGUCUGACGACCUGCGCGCGGUGACAGACCUGCGCGACUCUGUGACGAAGGCGACCGACGUGACGGCCGCCUGCCGCCGGCUGAUGGCGCGCCGCAUGAUACCGUCCGAGGUCGCCGCGCUGCACAACAGCCCUGACACGGUGGUGCGAGUGCUACAGCAGAUGUCGUCGCGGGCGACGCUCGACAACGAGGAGCUGUUUGGGCGGCUGUGGAACCUGCGGUGGGCCCGGCCGUCUCUGCGCCACCACCUGGACGCCUGGGUGCGCCUGUGGCUGCUGGCGCCGCCCCGUGGCGUCAUCGAGGCCGUGACGGCCGUGAUCGGAGAGGUGGCGUCCGCCGGCGGUGACGGCCUGUCGGAGAACGCUGCAGAGGAGAUCGCCAUCCGCUGGAACGGGCCCGAGCUGGCGCACGCCGACCCGCUGCUGGAGACCUCCUACGCGCUGCUCCUAAAGCAGAUCCGCACGGGUGCCGACAAAGCCCAACGGAAAAGCGCCGCCGAGAGGCCGUGUCCGCGCGCCUCGCUGUUCAAGAGCCUGGACGACUGAGUGCGGCAGGUCGGCGGAGACACCUGCUGGCGAUCUGGUAGGUAAAGCUGUGAGAUGGCAGGGAAUUGAAAGGGCGGCGUGGACCGAGACGUAUGCGGCGACCCAGUGCAGCACAGGGAUGCUGAUGAAGGGAUGUUGGACAGUGCCUCUUGCGGUCCCUGAAUUCUAGGGUUACCUAUCGCAGUGACUGUUCUCCGAGCUAAGACCACGUGAAUGCCAUGUGCCAUGUUUUUAACUUCUUGUAUCGUAGCGAACGUCUUUCCUUCGGUUUAUUUUGAUAUGCCCAUGUACCUGAGAAAGAAUGGCAACAUCGGCUGUUUUUUCCAUGAAUCGUCCAGCGCCAUAUCGCAAUACAGUGAUGAGGGCAG